UCUCUUCGUGUUUUCACUCACUGACUGAUCCAAGAUGUCUGGACGCGGAAAGGGCGGUAAAGUCAAGGGAAAGGCGAAGUCUCGCUCGAACAGGGCUGGACUGCAGUUCCCCGUUGGUCGUAUUCACCGAUUGCUAAGAAAGGGGAACUACGCGGAACGCGUCGGUGCCGGUGCUCCGGUUUACCUAGCCGCUGUCAUGGAGUACCUCGCUGCUGAGGUAUUGGAAUUGGCCGGCAACGCAGCUCGUGACAAUAAAAAGACGAGAAUCAUCCCUCGUCACUUGCAGCUCGCCAUACGUAAUGACGAAGAAUUGAAUAAGCUGUUAUCCGGUGUGACCAUCGCACAGGGUGGCGUGUUGCCGAACAUUCAGGCUGUGUUGCUGCCCAAGAAGACCGAGAAGAAAGCAUAAAUUCAGAAGAUAUACGC